AACAAGCGGCAGUACGGCCCGGACGAGUACCCCCGCCGGCUGCGGAUCUUCCUGGGCAACAAGCGGCGCAUCGAGGAGCACAACGCCGGCAACCACAGCUACCAGAUGGGCCUGAACCAGUUCUCGGAUAUGACCUUCGCAGAGUUUAAAAAGCUGUACCUGUGGGGGGAGCCACAGAACUGCUCAGCCACCAAGGGGAACUUCCUGCGCAGCUCCGGGCGGCAUCCCGACUCCAUCGACUGGAGGAGGAAGGGAAACUUUGUGACACCCGUGAAGAACCAGGGGCCCUGUGGGAGCUGCUGGACCUUUUCCACCACAGGCUGUUUGGAGUCUGCUAUUGCCAUUGCCACGGGAAAACUGCUCUCUCUGGCAGAGCAGCAGUUGGUCGACUGUGCCCAGGCCUUUAACAACCAUGGCUGCAGUGGGGGCCUGCCAAGCCAAGCCUUUGAGUACAUCCUGUACAACAAAGGGCUGAUGGGGGAGGACAGCUACCCAUACCGGGCCAAGAAUGGCACCUGCAGGUUCCAGCCGGAGAAGGCCAUUGCCUUUGUCAAGGAUGUUAUCAAUAUCACGCAGUACGACGAGGAUGGCAUGGUGGAAGCUGUGGGGAAGCACAACCCAGUGAGCUUUGCCUUUGAGGUGACAAGUAACUUCAUGCACUACAGGAAAGGAGUGUAUUCCAACCCCCGCUGUGAGCACACACCUGACAAGGUGAACCAUGCUGUCCUUGCUGUGGGCUAUGGGGAGGAGGAUGGCAUUCCCUACUGGAUCGUGAAGAACUCCUGGGGCCGGCUCUGGGGAAUGGAGGGGUACUUCCUUAUCGAAAGAGGCAAGAACAUGUGUGGCCUCGCUGCCUGUGCCUCUUACCCAGUUCCUCAG